UCGGACUCUGGGAACACGUAACAGGAUCCGGGAGUGACACCGGGAUUGGGCACUGGGAUGGGACCGGGCACCGGGACCGGGUGUUGGGAUUGGACAUCGUGACUGGGACCGGGAACCGGGACCGGCACUGAGAACCGGGAUCAGCCCUGGGAACCGGCACUGGAACCGGGAUGGGUACUGGGAACCGGGACCGGCACUGGGAACCGGGACCGGCACUGGGAUCCAGAACUGAGAUCGAGCAGCGGGACCGGCCCUUGGAGCGGGUAACGGGAGACGGUGACGGCGGCGGCAGAAGCACCGAGCACCGGGAGCCGGGAGCGGCACUGAGCCCCGGUACCGGGAGCCAGGAGCGGCACCGAGCCCCGGUACCGGGAGCCGGGCCCGGUGCGCGGGGGAACCUCCCCGCACGCAGCACCCGCGCUCCACCGAGCCGCCCGCCCCGGCUCUUCCGGCGGCGCCGGGAGGAGGAGCCGCGCCGGGAAGGUCACCGGGACCGACCCCGGGAGCCGAACCGGGAGCGGAACCGGGAGAGACACCGGGAGCGACCCCGGGAGCGGAACCGGGAGCGGCACCGGGAGCGGAACCGGGAGAGACACCGGGAGUGGUACCGGGACCGACCCCAGGAGCGGCACCGGGAGCGGCACCGGGAGAGACACCGGGAGCGACCCCGGGAGCGGAACCGGGAGCGGAACCGGGAGCGGUACCGGGACCAUGCUGCGGCCCAGAGCGGCCGCGCUCGCAGCGCUGAUGAGACCCCCGGGGGGCUGCCGGGACCCCUCGGGGGGGGCUCCGGUCCCGUCGCUCUGCUCCGCGCCGCCCCCGGAGCCGGUGAUCGCCGCCAAGGAACCGUUCCCGGUGGAGCUGAAGGCGGGACAGAACUACAGCUGGUGCUCCUGCGGGCACAGCAAGCGCCAGCCCUUUUGUGACGGUGCCCACAAGAAGGAGGCGCCGGGGAUGGCCCCGCUGCGCUUCAGCCCGGCCCGGGACGGCCCCGCGCUGCUCUGCGGCU